AUGUUCUCCAAGUCAAGCUUUCGUCUGGCACUGGACCUGGUGGCUACCGCCGCCCUCGCCGCCGCUGGCCCUUGCGACAUCUACGCCUCAGGCAACACGCCUUGUGUCGCUGCCCACAGUACCACUCGUGCCUUGUACGGCUCCUUCGAUGGUGCUCUCUACCAAGUGCGACGUGGCUCGGACGGCACGACUACCGAUAUCCAGCCUUUGUCGGCUGGAGGCGUUGCAAACGCUGCCACUCAGGGUACGAGAUAUGUGCACGCUGCUCAAGUCUGAACGAGCAAGCUGAUCCUGCACAGACAGCUUUUGUUCUGGCACGACAUGUGUCAUCGCUAUCAUCUAUGAUCAAUCUGGCCGCGGGAACCACCUCACUCAGGCUCCUCCAGGAGGUGCCACAAGCGGUCCACAGGCGAAUGGCUACGACGACUUGGCCAGCGCAAUUGGAGCACCAGUGACUCUGAACGGCAACAAGGCGUACGGUGUCUUCAUUUCUCCCGGUACCGGCUAUCGCAACGACCAGACCAGCGGCAUAGCCACGGGAGAUGCUGCCGAGGGCAUGUACGCAAUCUUUGACGGUACCCAUUACAAUGGAGGCUGCUGCUUUGACUACGGUAACGCCGAGACUAACAACCAGGACACUGGUGAUGGACACAUGGAGGCUCUUUACUUUGGUGACUGCACCAUCUGGGGCACCGGUGCUGGAUCUGGUCCUUGGGUCAUGGCCGACCUCGAGAACGGUCUCUUCUCCGGUCAAAGCGCCGGGCAGAACACCGCUGAUCCAACCGUCAAUUCGCGCUUUCUGAGUUCGAUCGUCAAAGGUGAGCCCAAUCAGUGGGCGAUUCGAGGCGGGGACGCGGCGUCUGGAUAUCUGUCGACUUACUACAGCGGCGUGCGUCCUUCUGGCUACAACCCUAUGCACAAGGAGGGCUCUAUCAUCCUUGGGAUUGGCGGGGAUAAUUCCAUCAGCGGCCAGGGUACUUUCUAUGAGGGUGUCAUGACCUCUGGGUAUCCAUCCAAUGCUACCGAGAACUCUGUUCAGGCCGACAUUGUAGCAGCCAGAUACGCCACGACCGCCCUGAGCACUUCACUCACCACUGGUUCCAUAAUCACCUUCCGUGCCACCACCCCUGGCUACGAUACGCGUUAUAUCGCCCACAGUGGCUCGACUGUGAACACUCAAGUCGUCACAUCCUUCAGCAACAGCACCCUGCAACAGCGAGCCAGCUGGACUGUGCGCACCGGUCUUGGCAACAGCGCUUGCUACAGUUUUGAAUCCAAGGAUACGCCUGGAAGCUAUCUCCGACACUACAACUUUCAACUCCAACUCCAGGCUGGCGACGGUUCGAAGCAAUUCAACGAAGACGCCACCUUCUGUAUGCAGGCGGGUCUCAAUGGCCGAGGCAGCACCGCGAGGGCGUGGGGAUACCCGACGAGGUUCUUCCGACACUACAACAACGUCAUGUAUAUUGCGAGCAAUGGCGGGCCCGACGCGUUUGAUGCGACGCUUUCUUUCAACAACGAUGUGAGCUUUGUUACGAGUUCGGGAUUCUCGUCUCGACGACGCUAA